CCAUGGGGAGGGUCUGGGUCCGGGUAAACCCGCCUGUGUUCAGAGCGGAUCGUGCAGACGCACAUCAGUGACUGAACCGCACAGACUGCAGAGGAGCUCCGCACAUUCACUGCGCACCUGGCGCUUCGUUUGCGCUCAGAGUAAAGAGAGAGAAUAGGAAUAUAAGGGAGGAAGAGGAGAAACUUACCUGCGGAUACAAUGAGGGAACCCGGGAGAAAUGAUCCUGAUGGAGAGGAAAACCUGACCGGGAUGUGAACCGAUCCACAGUCUCUAAUCAGCAGUGUUUUCCACCAUGACGCCACGUAAGAUCACCAUCUCAACUCACCUGCUCCUCCAUCACCUCCUCCCCUUCACCCUCUCUCUCCUCCAGCCUCCCCACCACCAACCCGUGCACGUGCCCACCCUGGUCCCGCACGCACCAACACCUCUGACCCGCUCGCGCUUCAGCGCUGAGGCCCAGCUGGACUUCACCACCCGCUGCAACUCCAGCUGCUUCCACCGAGCCGAGCAUGAGGAGCAAAUGACGGACAAACUGGCCUUCGAGACGCUGUACGCGGACGGCUUCCGCACCCUCACCACGGUGGAGGUGGAGGAUGAUGAUGAUGCUCUUCACCCGACUCACGCGCCCGCCUGGAGAUGGAGGAGACGACUGAAGCGCAGGAUGAAGCGGCAGAUCUACGGAGCGGACGGGCGUUUUAACAUCCAGGGUGACGACUUCCUGAUGGAUUAUCCCUUCUCCACGGCGGUGCGCAUCUCCACCGGAUGCACGGGCGUCCUGGUGUCCCAGCAGCACGUCCUCACCGCGGCCCACUGCGUGCACGACGGGAAGGAUUACGUUCAUGGAGCCCGGAAGUUGAGGGUGGGCUUCCUGAUUCCUCCGUCCGUAAAUGGCACCAGAGCCGGGUUGAUUCCCAACAAGAAGCCGAUGGUCCGCUGGGUUCGGGUGAAGCGCACCCGGGUGCCGAAGGGCUGGAUCCAGGGCCCGCAGGAGGUCAGCAUGGACUUUGACUACGCCCUUUUGGAGCUGCGGUGGCCUCACCGGCGCCCCUUCAUGCGGCUCUCUGUAGCGCCCUCUUCGGACGACCUGGCAGGGAACCGCAUCCACUUCUCCGGGUUCGACAGCGACCGUCCGGGGGAGCUGGUGUACCGGUUCUGUCCGGUGGAGGAGGAGUCGAGCGACCUGAUCUACCAGCACUGCGACGCGCGGCCCGGGGCCAGCGGCUCCGGGGUGUACGGCCGGGUGUGGGACGACUCGUUGGAGCGCUGGGAGAGGAAGGUGAUCGGGAUCUUCUCUGGACACCAGUGGCUGGAGAUCGACGGAGAGAACCGGGAUUACAACGUGGCUGUCCGCAUCACGCCGCUGAAGUUCGCCCAGAUCUGCUACUGGGUGCACGGGAACCGACUGGACUGCAGGCAGGACUGAACCAACCGAGGCCGAAGUGAAUUAAAAAUAAUACAGGGUGAACAUUACUUUUAGCUACUGCAGAACCAUCCAUAGGGUGAUGUUAGCAAAGUUACAGUAAAACCUUAACAGCAAUGAAUUUGUUUUAUUUAGCCUGUUAUAAAACAAAGAAAUGAUCAGAUAUUCGAAGUUAUAUACUUUCAUCAUGUCAGUAAAUCAUUUAUAAUUAAGUAAUUGAAGCUAAAUAUUUAGCUUCAAACUAAAUAUUUAGGAAGCAUGCUAACUAUGUAGCUAACAAGCUACAUAUUUAGCUUCAAACUAAAUAUUUAGGAAGCAUGCUAACUAUGUAGCUAACAAGCUACAUAUUUAGCUUCAAACUAAAUAUUUAGGUUGCAUGCUAACUAUGUAGCUAGCAAGCUACAUAUUUAGCUUCAAACUAAAUAUUUAACUUGUGAGCUUUCUCAUAUAAGACUUAAAAUUAAAUAUUUGUCUUGCUAACUAAAUACUUUGAAGCUAAACAUUUAGCCUUCUAACUAAAUAUCUAGCUUGCUAACAAAAAAUAUUUAGAUUGCCAACUCGAUAAUUGAUUUAAAACUAAAUAUGUGGCUUGCUAACCAAAUAUGUAGUUAAGCCAGACACUCAGCUUCAGGCUAUGCAUAUAGUUUGGUGAUAAGAAUUUAGUUAAAUAACUAAAUAUAUAACUUGCCAACUAAAGAUUUGACUUCAAACUAAAUAGCUUGCUAACUAAAUGCUUAAUUUGAUGCAAACUAUUUUGUGUGCUAACUAAAUAUUUAGUUUGAAACCAACUAUUUGAAUGAAUGAAUGAAUGAAGAUACUUUACUAAUCUCAGAGGGAAAUUGGCAAUUUAAUUUGUAAAUUUGCUGUUGAACUAAGUAUUUAGCUUCAAACUAAGUAUUUAGCUAGUAAGCUAAAUAUUCAGUGUGCUAAUAUUUAGUUUGACACUGACAUUUAUAAAUGAAUGAUUAUCAUGCUGAAAACAUAAACCCUCAUUUUCUUUCUCUUAGAUUAAAUAACCCAGAUUAUUGCUGUUAAUUUUUGACAGUGUAACUUUACAAACGCACCUUAUAAACAUCCGAGUGCAACAGAAAUAUUUCCAUGUAGAGGUCUUUCUUUACAUCAGGGAAAAAUCUACAUUUGGCUCCGUGUUCCCUCUGCUGUGUUUAAUUGGUAACCUCUGCGCCCGUUAAAUAAAUCUGCCAGUGAGAUCACAGCUCUGAUUUUUGCCUGCGGUCAAAUUCAUGUCAAUGUUUCCACAAUAAUAGCUGAACCUCCUCAAGAAGAAAAGACACUUUCUCCUGGUACAGCAGCCGUCCCGCUGUAAUUUACUGUAAUUUACCGAGGAUAAAUUAUAAUCCUCCUUCCUCUUUCAUCUGCAUCCCGCUUUGGUGAUGUUGGCAAUUCUCCAUUUAUAACACAUCUCCUUCUCCGCCCUCCUGCACGCAUCUGAAAAAACAAUAAAACAUUAAAACUGCUUCCUACCAUUUCGGCGGACACUUUAGACUUCUCAUAGUUGACUGAGGACAGAAUGUUAAUUUAAUUUUUUUCACAAAUGCUUGAGAUAUUUUAAUAAACAGAGUUUUAAUUGUU